CGGUCCGGUCCGGUCCGAGUUUAAUAACACUCACAGCACAGCAGCCCUAAUUUCAAUUUCUCUCAAACUCUUCCUUCACCGCCGUUGACGACCUCUCUCUUCCGUGUUAACAUAAUUCAACAAAGGAUCGAAAUAUGAAAGAGGACGAGGUGAAUCGAUGCCAGAUUCAAGAAUGGUUCCCAAAGUUCAAAUCUGUAUCUAUCAAGACCAUAAUUCAUCAACUACCUGAAUCUUUUAUUCAGUACCUUCUUGAUGACACUGGGCCCUUCCUGCUGCCUCAAUCUGUCUUAAAUGAAGAUGCAUUUCCCAACAGAAUUCAUAAUCCCGUUGACGAACAAGAUUUUCAGGUGUUAGAGGGAUCUGAUGAUGAAGCAGAUGAAACUUCUCCACCACCUUCAUUUCCAGAACUUGAGUUGAAAGUUAAAGAAUCCAUCGUGGCCCUUGGGGGUGCAGUUUUCCCCAAGUUGAAUUGGAGCGGCCCAAAAGAUUCAGCUUGGAUGAGUACUACUGGUACCCUUUGCUGCACCAAUUUCAGUGAGAUUGCACUUCUUUUUCGAUCAUCUGACUCGUUGGUCCAUGACUUGUGCCAUGCUUAUGAUUCCUGCCAGGAUAAAUCUUCAUCUAGACCCCAGAAUUUCUUUCUUGCUCUCCGUAAAUGGUAUCCAUCUCUCAAGCCAGACAUGGAAUUUCGUUGUUUUGUACGCGAGCAGAAACUAGUUGGAAUUUCUCAGCGAGAGGUUACUACUUUUUAUCCAAUUCUGCUUGAAAAGAAAAAUGAUCUCUUAUUACUGAUGCAAGGAUUUUUCAACAAUUAUGUGAGAACUAGAUUUGAGUCAGAAAACUACACAUUUGAUGUUUACAUUACAAAGGACGAGAGAGUUAAGGUUGUGGAUUUCAACCCUUGGGCCUCCUUUACAUUGUCAUUGUUGUUCACAUGGGAUGAAUUAGAGGUUAUCAAUGGUGAAGGAGAUGAUGUGGAGUUCAGAAUUGUGGAAGAUCGUUGUGGUGUUAGGCCAGGCCUUAAAACAGCUGUACCAUAUGAUUACUUGGACACCAGUGCAGGGAGUGGUUGGGAUCAGUUUCUAAGGAACGCAGAUGAAGAAUUAAGACGACAAACCAGGUCUCCAGAAGCUGGCGCAUGAUAGUAAGAUGCUGGUUCUCUGUUAACUUUGAGAUAGCUAAUGGAAAAACAUGUUUUUGUUUUAAAAAACUUUUGGGCUUUUUGACAAUGAUAGGGAAAGCUUAUCAUUAAAAUAAUUCUACCCAAUUUAGGAUGUAUUUUUCUUGAUUUCUUCACAUAAACUAGUUGGCGGACUAUUACUACUGUCUAAUAUUUUACCUUUGCUUCAUGUCCAUCUCUUCUGUUUUAAUAAAAAUUUAACCAUUAAUUACUGUGUUAA